AUGGCCAAAGGUACGGUGAAGGUCAUAGUGAAUACUAGAAAACUCCCAAAUAGAGAAGAUGAGGAAGAAGUCCAACAAUGUAUGCAACAACAUCAUCAAAUCUACAAUUUAGUUGAACAUUUACGACAAUGGAUAGAGAAAAAUAGUCAACCGAAGCGGUAUAACUUCCCCAGACCAUGUAUCAGACGUGAACCCAGUCGCUGGGCUAAACGUGGUCCAAUGGCGCGGAAAGAUUGGGUAAGAUUUUAUAAUUGGGCAGCGAAGAAUGCCACACCCAAACCACCCUAUCAACCAAAAAUCCGCAGUAAAGAUAAGGAAAAAGAGAAAAAGUCGGAACCGAAAGAUCCCAUACCAUUUGAAGAGCUUAUGGAACAUGCCGAAAAAUUGGCAACACCACGUAUUCGCCGCCACAAAUAUGAAUAUCCCGCCGAAACGAAGUAUCCAUAUGCACCACAAAUUCAUCCAAAGAAACCGCCGAAAAAAGAUCGUGGUCGUCCAUUUAAAACACCGGAAGUUCCACCGGAUUUUCAGCAUAUCGAAUUGGAAAUUGAUUUUUGGUCUCAAUUGCGAUUUCCCACAAGGUCGUCGACAGCUCUCUACAAUCCUACGGAAAAUAUUUUGAAAUUGGCUCAACCAAAAAUUAUACCACCUAUAAAGCAGCAUUGCCCCAUCCCGGAAAAGCCUGUAGAAUAUGUGGCUCCAAGACGCCGCAUGUCAUAUCGCCAGUGGCGUGAACAUAAACGCCGGCUGGAGUAUUUGGCUAAACCUAUUUAUCGUCCUGUUAUUGAUUAUUAUUAUUCUUAG